AUGGCUGGAGAUGUCGAAGAACCUAAUGACAGAUUCUUCAGCGAGAGUACUCAGGUAGGUAAGCAGCGUGGAUCAGUGGAUAUCAGAUCCGUUGCGGGAACUGGACCAUUCGGUAGGAUCACUGCUUCUGACGUGGAGGCUGCGGCUGGGAUCGCUCCCUCCGUGGCGGCACCACCGCCUCCUCCCCCUCCUGCUGCUGCUGCGAAAGCUACCACAACAAGCUCAAGCUCGCCUCCUCUGUUGCCUGGUUCAAGUGUCGUUCCCUUCACGGCAAUGCAAUCUGACGUAUCCAAAAACAUGAUUGAGAGCCUCUUUGUUCCAAUGUUCCGUGUUGGUUAUCCAGUGAACACUGAUGCUCUUGAUGCACCCUACGAGAAGGUGAAGCCGAAGGGUGUAACAAUGACUGCGUUGUUGGCUAAGCUGCAGGGAUGGCUCUUGCUCAGCAUCCUGUGGUUAACGCAAGCUGCAAAGGUGUUGCUCUCCACGAUUAAUUGGGCUAUUUGUAAGGCUAUUGAUCUGUUGGAACUUCUAAAGAUAGAAGAGGAAAUGCUUUCCGCACAAUCAAGGAAAAUAGUUAAAGAUACUGCUAAGAGGCCAUACUCUAGACCAGCACAACCAAUCACUUUUGCCACAUUUGCACAAGAUGUGUUACAAGGGAGUGCUUAA